CACAGGCCCCGGCGGCUACUCCGUAAUCUGGUGGAAUUGAGACGAGCACAUCCGCAGGUUUGCGCUUGAGAAGGAACACGACCCCUCGUCCAACGGUGGAGUGCUAGGAGAGGCACUACCUUGAGGCUUGACGACACCAUACUGCCGGGUAACAAGUGAAGAUCACUCGUCAUGUCUCUGAAGCAGGAAAUCGAAACCUGGGUGGCAGCCCUCGCCAGCUACGACAACAAUGAGUUCGACGUUGCAUUGAAGGUCUUUGACCAAAUCUCCGACACGUCCAAGAUUCUGUUCAACUGCGGCGUGAUCCAUGCCACACUCGGCGAGCAUGAGAAGGCGGUCGACUGCUACCAGCGCGCUGUGCGUCUGGACCAGUACCUCGCCGUGGCAUACUUCCAACAAGGUGUGUCAAACUUCCUCAUGGGCGACUUCGAGGAAGCCCUCGCCAACUUCAACGACACACUACUCUACCUACGCGGAAACAACAACAUCGAUUACGAACAACUGGGCCUCAAGUUCAAGCUAUACUCCUGCGAGGUGCUAUUCAACCGCGGUCUUUGCUACAUCUAUCUCCAGCAAAGAGACGCCGGUCUACAGGAUCUGUCUUUCGCAGCCAAGGAGAAAGUGGUACCCGACCAUGAUGUGAUCGACGAGGCUAUUCGGGAGGAAGCUGAAGGCUAUACCGUCUUCUCUAUUCCCGUCGGCAUUGUCUACCGUCCCAACGAAGCCAAGGUCAAGAACUUGAAGACGAAGGACUAUCUUGGAAAGGCCCGUCUUGUCGCUGCCUCAGACCGGGCCAAUGCCUUUACUGGCUUCGCUGGCGCCGAAAUCAAGAAGGGAGGCCAGGCCGCGAAAGAUGACAGAACUGAGGAUAAGAUCUCGUAUGCGGCGACCAACCUUGUCAAGCCAGAACUCCAGAGCAGAGCGCGUCAGCAGUCAGAACCACCGAUGAACCGUAACAUGUUCCCGCCUACACCGCCACCGGAGACAGACAGGAGGUCUGGUGACAGGAGGUCUGGUGGAGAGCGGAGACCCGCCGCCGAUGCUCCCAUGAGCCGCGCACAGUCCGUACGAGGCGGUGGCCCUAAGCCUCAGCCUCUAAACCUUGGACGAGCUGCCUUUGAUCAGCAAAGCAACAACGAGCCGCCUCGUCGCCAGCCAACACAGCGCUCCGCGUCUGAACGACCACCACCAAGUCGUUCAGAGUCAAUGCGAGACCGAGGGCAACGCGAUCAGCGGGACCAGCGAGACCAGCGAGAUCGUGACUACAAGCCACGUCGCCGUGGGUCUGACGAUGAUAUCAUUGACGACUAUUACGACAAUGACCCCUACCCGCCUUCUCGUGGGAGUCGCGGGGCAUACGCUCGCUCAAAACAGAGCAGGCGACCAGCUUACAUCGAAGAAGAAGACGAAGACGACUAUGAUGGUAGUGAUCUCGAUGACGCGGAAUUCGAGAUGAUGUCUCGCACGAAAUCCAGAAGACGAUCGCCCGCCCGCUCCGCCAGAUCUGGUGGUAGCAACCGCGGUACAGGCAGCAAAGUCAGAGUGAAGGUUCACUCUAGCGACACACGUUACGUCUUCAUCAGUUCAGAUCAGUUAAUCACUGAAUUCUGGCAGCAAAUUCGGGAGAAGUUCGGUGUGCGGAACAAGUUCAAGGUGGAGUUCAAAGACGAUGGCGACAUGAUCACCAUGGCUGACCAGGACGAUCUUGACAUGGCCAUCCAGACGGCUAAGAGCGUUGCGAGGAAGGAAGGCAGCGAUAUGGCCAAGAUGGAGGUUUGGGUUAGAGAAGUAUAGACUAGAGAUACCCCAGCAUCACGCAUGUUUACGAUCCACAUUACAUUUUCUUUCAUCCUCGCGAACGCAUAUUGAUUGCUUCGGUGUCCUUGCUUUGAUAGCGCUCGAUCUUGCUGUAUUUGUAGCGAGCAUAAUUGCUGGUUUUUGCUGGCAUGCAUAAACACCUGUACACUCUUUUUUCACAGCCGGACUGUUGAUCCGCUAUUAGAGUCGGCUUUGCAUGUAUGAAAGGCGUAAUCGAACCUCACGAAUGAAGAACUACCACCAACAA